UUCCCCAGUCCCCAAGUCCCCAGUCGUUCGCGCGCUUCGUUCGUGGCAACUGGUUUGUGUGUUGCCCGCUCUCUAUCGCGUGUUUACAAUUGUGUUGUUAUUGUUUUAACAGUCUGUGUUGUGGAAGGAACAGUGUGUGAUUGAAACAUUGUGAUAUAUUUGCGUAACUGACCGAUUACUCUCAAAUAGUGGAUCGGGAUAAUAAUUCAGCCUCAAUAGGCGUCGAGCUCAGUAUGUCCGUCAAUGGACCUACGAAACAAUCCGGACCAGAUCAGACGUUUGGAAGGAUGUCGGGUGAUCGAGGGUCAGCUCAGUAUCGUUCUGAUGGAGCGGGCCACAAAUCAAAUAUUCGACAACAUGAGCUUCCCGCAGUUAAGGGAAGUUACCGGCUAUAUAUUGAUAUAUAGAACUAAGGGCUUGCGCAAUCUUGGUGAUCUGUUCCCAAACCUCACCGUGGUGCGAGGGAUGCAGCUCUUCAAGGAUUUCGCUCUUGUAAUAUUUGACAAUGAACAUCUAGAGGCGCUUGGACUGAAUUCGUUGAUGAAGAUCGAGCGAGGAGGCGUCCGUAUUCAGCACAACGAUCGACUCUGCUAUACUAACACCAUAGACUGGUCGCGAAUCACACGCGAUGAUGCUGAAAUCAUCGUCAGGUCUAACUAUGAUACCAGACUGUGCGGCUUGUGCCCCAACGCUCAGAGUCGCGUUGAGGAGGACCAUCGGCAAUCGUUGCCGCAAUGUCCCGCUGACACCAAAGGGAAGCUGCUUUGCUGGGACGAGAAACACUGCCAAAAGAUAUGUCCGAGCGCUUGCGGCGACCACGGCUGUAUGUCGAACGGCACGUGCUGCAACUCCGCCUGUCUCGGAGGAUGCGACGGACCGCUCGCGAGCAAUUGCUUCGUCUGCAAGAAGUUCUCGUUUGAAUACGGGUCCGAGAUGACUUGUAUGGAGUCCUGCCCCGGUGGUACUUACGAGUUGUCCCGGAGAUGUGUGACGGAACAGGAGUGUCGCUCGAUGUCCCCCCCGCCGCAGCCGGUCGGCGCCGCGGACUCCACGUACUUCCGGUUCGCGAUCAAGGUGCCCGCCUAUAAGACAUUCAACAGCAGCCGCUGUCUGUUCAUGUGUCCGAGUGGCUACAUGGAGGUGGGUAACGAGACUAACGCGACGUGCCAGCCGUGCCCGCGGUCCGGCUGCGUGCGCGAGUGCCUCGGCGGGAAGAUCGACUCGGUCGCCACCGCGGAGCAGUUCCGGGGCUGCACGCACAUUAAGGGCAAAAUGGAAUUCACGCUUCGCUCCAGCGGAGGUAAGACGCUAUCAUUGUUGGAAUCAGCGCUGGGCGAAAUAAGGGAGAUCCACGGAUGUCUGCAAGUGACGCGGUCGUAUCCUUUAGUGUCGUUGAUGUUUUUGAAGAAACUCAGGAAAAUUAUCGCGAAUCCUUCAGAAGAUAAAGGGGAAGCUCUGCAUAUAAUAAACAACGAGAAUCUAGAGCUGCUAUGGGACUGGUCCACUUACGGACCUAUAGAGAUAAUCGGUAGCUGCUACAUACAUUCGAAUCCCAAGCUGUGCUACACUCAACUGAUGCCGCUUAUGAAUAUGUCGUAUCCGAAAACGAAUUUUACCGAACUAGAAGUGUCCCAAGACAGCAACGGGUAUCAGGCAUCUUGUCUCCCGGACGUCCUGAAGCUGAGCGUGUCGGAGUUAACGCAAAUCGCAGUGGUACUAACUUGGGAUGUGUACUGUCCCGACGACAUGCGCAAGCUGCUCGGAUACUCGCUGUACUUUAUGGCCACCGAGAAGAACGUAACUCUGUACGAUCAACGCGAUGCCUGCUCUGAUAUAUGGAAAGUACUCGACAAGCCAAUAGAGGAGACUCGUAAAGUGAACCGCAACGCGAAGCCCUCUCACGCCAGGAACAAAACGGAGGUUAUAUUCAAUCCGUGCGCCGACAUGCAGCCGCUGUUCUAUCCCAUCACCCAGCUGAGGCCAUACACCAGAUACGCGGCCUACGUGAAGACCUACACCACGAUACAGGACAGGAAGGGGGCCCAGAGCUCGAUCAUUUACUUCAGGACCUUGCCGAUGCAACCGAGUCCACCCACCGCGGUCACUGUGGAGCUGUUGACGCCGCAUUCGAUCUUCAUAAAAUGGUCACCGCCGACGAUGCCGAACGGUACGAUCAUACUGUACCACGUGGAAGUGCAAGCCAACAGCUACAACAGGCCGCAGAUACUUGCCGGCAACAUCAAUUAUUGUGGCAAUCCGAGCAUCUUGGCUAACAUGAUCAAAGCUAGUUUAGAAGAAGCGCCCGAAACUCCAGAGGAGAAAACCACCGGCGACGUGAAAAAUGGUUUUUGCGCUUGCAAAGAGGAAGCCAAACCGAGUCUGAGGUUCAGCACUCGCGCCGAGGAGGAGAGGGUCGACAGCAUCAAUUUCGAGAACGAGUUGCAAAAUCAGGUUUACAGGAAAUCCGAACGAGUGAACCCGAAAAUACACAAGUCUAUCGACGGAACGAGCAAAGUGAAAAGGUCGGUCGACCACAGCCUCACCAGCAUGCUCGUCAAACUGACCGAGAACAACAGCCCGAGACCCGGCCUCAACUACUCCAACAUCACGGACGACGAAGGUUACGUGAAAUCUUUAUACUACGAAUUGGACGGCUCGACUCGGACGUUGACCGUGAAGAACAUGCGUCACUUCACCUGGUACACCGUGAACAUAUGGGCGUGUCGCAACAAGGACUUGAACGAAACCGAUCCGGUCUACGCCGAGAACUGGUGCUCGGUUCGCGCUUAUAACACGUUCCGCACCUUAGAACUGCCAAACGCAGACGUUGUGAGCAACUUCCAAGUGGAGAUAAUGCCGGCUAACAAGACCUUGCCCGAAGUGAACGUCACGUGGGAGCCUCCCCUCAAUCCGAACGGUUUUGUGGUCGCGUACAACGUACAUUACUCACGAAUCGAGAACAGUGCGCAGGGCCCGGAUGUAGGUUUACAGAGCUGUAUAACAGUAGACGACUACGAAGCGAACGGGCACGGCUACGUGCUCAAGACCCUAUCUCCGGGCAACUACAGCGUCAAGGUCACACCGGUCACCGUCAGCGGAGCAGGAAACGUUUCCGAAGAAAUCUACGUAUUUAUACCGGAGCGAGUAUCGGAGAGCGGGCACGCGUGGGCGUGGGGCGUGGGGGCGGGCGGCGUGGUGCUGGCGCUGCUGGUGGGCGCGGCCGUGUGGUACGCGCGCCGCGGCCUCAUGUCCCACGCCGAGGCGAGCAAGCUCUUCGCCAGCGUCAACCCGGAGUACGUGCCCACUGUCUACGUGCCCGACGAGUGGGAGGUCACACGCGACAGCAUACACUUCAUCCGAGAACUCGGACAGGGAUCGUUUGGCAUGGUGUAUGAAGGGAUCGCCAAGGAAAUCGUGAAAGGGAAACCGGAAACGCGCUGCGCCAUCAAAACCGUUAACGAGCACGCGACAGACAGGGAGCGCAUCGAGUUCCUGAACGAGGCGUCGGUGAUGAAGGCGUUUGACACGUUCCACGUGGUGCGGCUGCUGGGCGUGGUCUCCCGCGGGCAGCCGACGCUCGUCGUGAUGGAGCUCAUGGAGCGCGGCGACCUCAAGACGUACCUGCGCUCCAUGCGACCCGACGCCGAGGGCUCGCUGCCCUCCAGCCCGCCCGUGCCGCCCACGCUGCAGAACAUCUUGCAGAUGGCCAUAGAAAUAGCCGAUGGGAUGGCAUAUUUGUCGGCAAAAAAAUUCGUGCACCGCGACUUAGCGGCGCGCAACUGUAUGGUCGCCGGCGACCUCACCGUCAAAGUUGGGGACUUCGGCAUGACCAGAGAUAUUUAUGAGACUGAUUAUUAUAGGAAAGGCACCAAAGGCCUAAUGCCGGUGCGGUGGAUGAGCCCCGAAAGCUUAAAAGACGGGGUCUUUUCCAGUAGCAGUGACGCUUGGAGUUACGGGGUUGUUUUGUGGGAGAUGGCAACGCUCGCGAUGCAACCCUAUCAGGGGUUGUCGAACGAGCAGGUGCUGCGGUACGUGGUGGAGGGCGGGGUCAUGGAGCGGCCGGAGCAGUGCCCGGACCGGCUGUACGAGCUCAUGCGCGCGUGCUGGACGCACCGCCCCUCCGCGCGCCCCACCUUCCUGCAGCUGGUGGCCGACCUGGUGCCGCACGCCAUGCCCUACUUCCGCCACCGCAGCUUCUUCCACUCGCCGCAGGGCCAGGAGUUGUACGCUCUCCAGCGAUCUGCGCUAGAUGAGGAACAAGAGCUCCCGGAGGUGGACGUGGGUGCGGUGGCGACGGGCUCCGUGUCGAACCUGUUCGGUGUGUCGGGGCGGCUCGCGUCCUGGGUGCGGGAGCUGUCCUCUCUGCGGUCCCGGGGCUCCGACGACGCGGCGGCCGAGCCUCUGCAGCCCCUCCCUCCGCCCGGCACCUCCCCCGCCCCCAUACUCGCACCCGCACCGGCCAUCAAGGGACCCAACGGCGUACUGCGCGACUCGCACUCUGCCCGUUUUCGAAACCACUGAUACCCGAAUCGAGCGAAACUCCUCCCACCUGUAAACGAACAUGCGUACCCUUAGCCCGAAACAAUGUCCCUACGUAUAUAUGACGAUCCUGGGACUGCGUAAGGGUACAGCGCGAUGGUGGCGGAGUCGCGCCGGAAGGGGGGUAGGUGUAGGCAGCCGCGCGCGUGCUUCCGCGAAACCUCUAUCUACCUCAGGUCGGACGUCUCGGCGCCCGACUCAUCGAAUCAUAGUUUCUAAGCGUAGCUAGUAAAAUCUUCGAUGCGUUUUUUUUAUUUAUUGAAUACGAGUACGUCUCCACGCGGACGGCGAUGUAAAUAUUAACUUGUAGUACGGAUCGGAGUGUUGCCGGACGGUGGGCUCGGUUCGUGUCGCGACUGACCCGUGGAGGGCGCGGCGGGGACGGACGCGGGUGUAGAUAUUGUAUUUAAAAGUUCGUCUCCAUACUUGACCGCCCUCUACACUGUCACUGUGUGACUUCAAUGAGACCGAACCGAGGUCGUCGACUCUGUUUUUUUUUUUCGAUACUAGUUUAAAUUUAUCCUUAACGAGGACCGUUCCUCCAUCCUCUCUGCAUUUAUUACAUUAAUUUAUUGCACAAGGAGCGUGCCAGCAGAGAAGAAUGUUCGAGUUAAAAAGUAAAUUAAAAUUUUAAGUGCACAAUUUGAAAAUAACUAAAGAACAGUAGUAGUAUCGAACAGGAAACUUAAUAAAAUUCGGUGAGAAUAUGUUUUAGCAUCGGAAGCGUAUAUUAAACGUUUGAUACGACGCCUCUCGAUAUUUAUCCUAUAAAUUGUACCUCAUUACGAUAGUUGUAACAGUGUCCUUUGACAUAGCCUAUUAAUGUUAAGACUACCCUAUAAGAUGUAUAGUGUGUUUAAUAUGAUAAUAUUGGUGCGUGAGAGUAAAUUUGUACAAAUUAAUUUAAUUGAUCGAUAUUCGGACCGAGGGGCGAGGGGCGGGCGGCGCGGGGGGCGGCCCCGCUGCGUUGUCAUGUUGUUAUUGUUGUUGCAACACUUUUUGUUGAAAGUGUAACGUAGCGGGUCCGUCACUCGCGUGCUUGUCGCCGGAUUCGCGCAACACUUUAUAAUACUCACAUAAAAAAAAAAGUUCCAUACUGACAAACGAAAAAAUAGUACUUUGAUUAUUGCUGUUAUAAAAAUGAUAUAGGUACAUUACGAUUAAAUAUCUAUUUAUAAUUAAAUAAACAAAUUCAAUUUACAUACAAAUUAUACCGUGUAGUUUUAAAUAGAUUUUGUGCUGUUGAAAAAAACUUAUAUAAAACUUUAACUGAAACACGCCAAUAUUUUUUUCCACAUCAAACAUGAGUGUAAAAGUUACUAUAAUUAUUUAAUAUCAUAUAAAAUAGGUAAAACAAAUAAUACAACUUAAAUUGGUUAAAAUGAAAAAAAAAAAAGAAUACUUGAACUAACACCAUAUUAUUGUAUUUGGCCUAGAUUAAUAAUUACUAUUAGAUGUUGAUCAUUUAACGAGUAUAUUUUUACAAGAUAAAAAAAAAUUAUGUGUGUAUGAACAGCCAAUUUCUUUGGGAAAAAAAUAUAAAAAUUUUAAUGCUUUGUAUCCAUCUUGAGGACGUCAAGUAUACUUAAAACAGUUUCAUAAGUAUACUUCACACGAAGGACUAAUAAUUGUAUAGUUCUGUAACAAAAUAAAUGACAGAGUGGUUGAUUGAAAAUGAAUGAAAUAGACAACGGUUUUUGUUUUAUUUAAAGUCAUGUAUAAUGUUGUAAUUUGAUAUUUUUAUCAAUUAUUAAAAAGUUGCAUUAAUGAAAAAAAAAAAAAAAAACUCCGACAAUACACAUCCUAAAACGACAAUGAAAUUGUAUUUCAGUAUAAAAGUAAGAGAAAGUACAUACAAAAGCUUUUUUCAUUUCGAUAACAAUGUUAUUACAAAGCUCCGUCGUCUAAGAGUUGUGCUAAAUUUGAUAUUUGACUCAUAAUGAGAUAUCUUUUAGCAAGACGUAUUGUAUGAAAUAUGUUUAUAUAAUGAUAUGGUACCUAUGUGGUAUAUAAUGACGGCUUUUGUAACUUCGCCUUUGAAUUAAAAUUUUUGUAUUAUUUGUAGUCGAAAUAAGACUAAUUGGUAUUUCAAAGUCAGUGUAGAUUACCUGCUAAAAUCUACAAAAAAAAAAGAAGGCGAUUUGUUAUAUUAAUGAUAAUGAAAUGAUACAAGAAAGUUCUUUUUGAUGUCUUUUAUUGCUAAAUACAAAUGCAGUGUUUUUUUAGUGUAUUUUUCUUUCAAUUCAAUCAACUAUUUUGUCACUUUAUCAGUACUAUUUGAUCCUUACAAUAUGUAAGGGAUAUGUGCUCGAAGCUGAAACGGCAUUACUUGCUAUGUUCAUACAAGACCGUUGACCCCGCGAGUCAUUUGAUAUAUUUGCGUUACAUUGCGUGCAGUGCAGGAAGCAUUUAUAAAAUAUGUUUCGAUUAUAUAUUUUCGAUUUGGUUUUCAGAAACGGUGUCUUUACACCCGCUAUCACAUGCCCGAGAUCUAUAUCUACACAAAACCGUUAUUGUUAUUAUUAUUAUUAUUAUUAUACAUUCGGUAAAUUCGCGAUGUAAACUUAUUAAAAUCAUCGAAAGUUAGUUUGCAACAUACGACAAAAUAUUAAAUUCGAUUUACAAGACACGAAUAGUUUCUGGUUUUAAUGAAAACUAAAAAAAAAUAUAUUGAUGUAAGGGUAAAAACGAGUGCCUUCAGACGUCCAGCCUUUAAAUGAAUGCAGAAUUUUUGAUUGUGGUAAAGACACUGUUUGAUCGAAAUUGACGGUAUACGAAUGAAUAGUUAAUCGAAAAUUAAUUAAAGUAAUUCACAAAACGCAAGUAACAUUAUUCCUUAACACAAUUAAAAAUCUCUUAGCCGGAAGAAUAUUAUAAUGCUGGUUUAGAUGUAUAGCGAAUGGCUUGCCGAUUGUAUUUUUGUUUUUUUGUUUAGAUAAUUUUCCGUCCGCACUGACUAAUGUUGAGUUUUAUUUGGAACUGGGGUUUUGGAGUGGAGUGCAGUGCGACCGGCAUGGGAUAUGUUAUGGGUACACUAAGUCGUCUGAUCGUCGGGGCUCAAGGCACGUUGCAUCGUUGAUAACUAACUUUCAUUAGUCAAAUAUGUUAUAUUGAAAAAAAAAGGGAAUUCAUUGAAAAAAAAAACCGUUUAUUUUUGUAUAUUGCAUAGUGCCUUUUGCUCAAUUAAUGGAAAUAUACUGUAGAUAACCACUAAGCGUAUGUUAUUAAGUGUAUUAUCUGUACUGUUAGCUCCACAUAUAUGGGCCGAUGUUCCAGAGCGGUGAACAACGUAUCGCACCUGUUUAUCGGAUGAGAUCUCUCAGCGCUCUGGAAGGUUUGGCAUCGUUGUAACCGAAGUGGCAAGCCGCUUUUUACGGCCUCGCAGUUCCUGAAACUAAACCGCCAAACCACUCCACUGCUCGUCUCCAACUGUCCGCCACCGCAAAUAAUAAUUGAGGCCGUCAGCGCAAAAGCGGCCUAAACUUACCAUAGUCAGCAUGAAGAUAACGAGUUUUGAAUUUACUUUUACACUGCUUCGUGGUCAAAAAUAAUACGCGUAAAAAUAAUGUUUACUAAGCCAUCUGUUAUUUAUGGGUGAAACUAGGGAUAGGACAGUUUUGCAUCAAAAUUUAUUAUGUUUUAAAUAAAUUGCAAUAUAUAAGCACGACACGAAUAUGAAAAAUUUUGGAUUAGGCCACUUUUGCUCUGACGGCCUCAAUUGAUGUUUUGCAUAGCGCUAGUGUGAUUAUAAUUAAAUUUGUAAUUAGUAUCAUCAUUCUCCUGCCCUUCUCCUAGUCACCUAAGGUCGGCGUAACAUGUUUUCUCCUUCUCCUCUAUCAUAUACCAUUUCUUCGCUCACUACCCUCUUACACAUAUCGUCUUUCACGCAAUCCAUCCGUUUCUUCUUAGGUCUUCCAUUUCCUCUAUAUCCUUCCACAUUCAUAAUUAACACUCUCUUACCAACCUCAUUUACCAUACCAUACAAUUCCAAACGCGCCACUUUCAGACUUUCUCUAAAUUUGUAAUCAGUACUUUUACUGAAAUACGAGGAGAGAGUAAAUGGAGUGGUUCCGGUUAGAUUAGUCUCGCACAACGUUGCCUCGCACAGCGUUCUGUGCGAACUCAAAUAUUAUGGUUUCGUUUGGUUAUUUUAAUGUUUUUGUUUAUCAGUAUUUAAUGUCAUUUAAGAUUUUUCAUUAAUCAAGGCAGUUAGAUUACCUCAUUUUAGUGUAAUAUUUUUCGUAACUUAUUGACUGACUAAAUGAUUUCCUUGUUGUGUGAUAUGUGAGUACUUGUGAUCUAGUGUCGGGGUAGCGUUGUGCUAUAUGCUCAAUUUUUAAAUACAAAUUCACCAAACUAUUAAUGUAGUAUACAUAUGACUUUAUAAAUAUUAAAUAAAUCAGGACCGAGUACCUAAAAUAACUUUAUUAUUUAUAUUAAUAAAAAUGUUAUGAAAUUGUGGAAUUGUUUAAAAUAAAAAAAAUACAAAAAAAAACACUUAACCUUCCGCCUCAAAUAUGAGUAUUUAUUGUAAAUAAAUAUUGUUUUUUAAAA